UAAAUAAGAAAUGGUGUUACACUUUCUUUGAGUUAUAUUUAUAUGGAUAUGUUGUUAAUAUGUGUUCCAACAUUGUAUGAGAUUCCUAAAAAUCUGAUAUGGACAUCCAGUGUGGUUGUUGGGUCCUCUAUGAGCCUAGGGAGCACUGGCCGGUUACCUUGCAUCCAUUCAUGUCAGCCUUGGUAGUGUCAGGCACCCGAUGGUUCUUAGAAGAGUACUUGAGCUCUACUCUGCAGUGUCUGAAGUUGCUGGAUAUAUACCUGCUGUAUAAACUGCUGACUAGGGCGCUGCAGUUCACUUACUGUCUUCUCAUGGGGACCUUCCCCUUCAACACUUUCCUCUUGGGUUUCACAUCUUGGGUGGGGAGUUUCAUCCUAGUAGUUUGCCUGAGAAUACAGGUGAACCCACAGAACGAAGUGGACUUCGAAGGCAUCUCCUUGGAGUGAGACUUUGCUUUUUUCUCUUUGCUAGCACCAUCUUGUACCUUAUCGUCAUGAACUUUGUUGGCUGAAUCAUUCCCAUUUACUUAAUUGAAGAGUAAGAGACUGGAACAAUGCUCACUUUGA